AUGGGACCGACUCAAGCAAAAAAGCGCUGUGUUGUCCAGACUGGGCGUUCUCCAGCGUCUCGAAUGUUCAGUAAUACAUAUGUUUGUCAGGAUGCACCGGCCAAGGUGCCCCAUCCCAAUGACCAGUACGGCGUCGCCAGGGACCGAGCAUGGUUCUCGGAAUCUAUUCAAAGAGAGCUAAGUGAUGCCCAUGGAAUGUUAAAGCAUCCUAUCCCUAUUGUUGGUCGUAACGAAGUGCUCACCGAACCAAACCGGCCCAGGUUCGAGAGCCGUUCUACAUUACCUGAAAAACUCCCUUCAUUAUCCUUCCCCCAUCUGCAAUAUCCUAUGAAAUCCACUGUUUGA